AUGGAAACUUUGAGGGCAAAACAACAUAUAGUUCAACCAGAAACCCCUGAAGAACAACCUGGGAGGGUAGUAAUAGUUGAUAGAAACCAAAAUGUUGACGAAGUGAUUCACAGGGUUAGGCAAAAUAAUCAGAUGAAGACAAAUCUAAUUACUAUGAUAGAGAGGAUUAUGGCCAAAAAUGGUCUAAAUACCGAACUUCGGAGGCCAAAUUAUACAUCCCCUUUAUCUGAUUAUGUCUUACAAGCUGAAUUACCUAGGGGUCGCAAGGUCCCUAAGUUUACCAAGUUUUCAGGUGAUACUAGUGAAUCUACCACAGAGCACAUAGCCAGGUAUAUGACAGAGGCUGGAGAUUUGGCGAACAAUGAGUAUCUGAGGAUGAAGUAUUUUCCCAAUUCUCUAACCAAGAACGCUUUCACAUGGUUCACAACACUACCACCAAACUCCAUAGAUACUUGGUUCCGUUUGCUAAAAGCUAGAUGUUUCACGGUGGUACCUGAACACGAAUUAGUCGAAAUGGCCGCUGGAGGUCUAUAUUACUCCAUCAGGAAGAAAAUGGACACUCAAUAUAUGCGAGAUGUGGCCCAAUUGGCUGAUAGAGUUCGCCAGGUCAAAAGAUUAAAAGCUAAGAAGGCUAGAGCAAAUAAAAGUUAUAAAAAAGAGAGGGUUACCUACGUUGAAGUAGACGAAGGAGAACCAGCGACCUUCGGGGACCAAUAUGGUUUCGAAGAUUUCGAAGUAGAUCUAGCCGAAUUAAAAGAAGUAGGUCCUUAUACCUGCAAGAUGAUUACACCAUCAAAUGGGAAAAAUCCCGUUGAAAUUGAAAAGAAUGAUAAGUUUCCUAAAAAAACAUACACAUUCGAUUGUUUCCUUUUCAGGAAUCUUAUCCAGAAUGCGAUCGAGGAAGGGCGUCUGAAGUUUGCAGACAAAGGAAAAAAUCAGAUGAAGAUAGACGUCAAUCCCCUCAAUAUUGCUGACACAAGUUACACUGAGCCUGUCGAGAUCAACAUGGUUGACAUGGUCGAAGUUGAAGCAAGAGGUAUCAUAGGAGAUGAAGAAGAUGUCCAAAUUGGAGAAUAG